AUGCCAGAGACACAGUCUGUCCCUCUACUGAGGUGUGUGUGUCUGUCUCACAGGUGGGGGUGGAAGGUGUUCACAGGUAACGAGCUGGCGGCUCUGUUGGGUUGGUGGAAGUUCUUUAAUUGGAAGGAAGCUCACCCGGAUCCUGCAGACUCUCAGAAAGUUUACAUGUUGGCCACCAUGGUGUCCUCCAAGAUCCUGCAGGCCAUUGCUUGCAUUGAGGGGUUCCACUUCGAGGAAACUCUUCCUGGGUUUAAGUGGAUCGGGAACAGGAUACAUGAACUGUCCAAAACAGGAAACACCGUCAUUUUUGCCUUCGAGCAGUUGAUCGGUUUCCUGUGCGGCGGUUUGGUCCCUGAGAAAGACGGCGUGAGCGCAGCAGUGGUCGUGGCUGAAAUGGCGACGUACCUCCACACCAAGAACCUGAGUCUGAGACAACAACUCGCCAACAUCUACCAGACGUACGGCCAUCACCUGUCUAAAACCUCAUAUGUGGUCUGUAACGAGCCCCCCACCAUCCAUGGGAUCUUCAGCCAGAUACAAAACUUUGACGGCAACAGUUUGUACCCGAAGGCGUGCGGUGAUGUCCACAUUGUCCACGUCAGAGACGUAAGAACGGUAUGCGACAGCAGCCAGCCCAACCUCAGAUCAGUUCUUCCUGUGACCAGAAACAGUCACAUGAUCAAGUUCACACUGCAGAACGGCGUCGUGGCCACGCUGAGAACCAACGGUACCGAACCCAAAAUCAAAUUAUACACAGAGUACUGCGCAACGCCGGGGAACAGUGAGGUGUCCCGUCUGGAGGAGGAGCUGAGGAAGGUCACCGCUGCUCUGCUUGAUGACUUCCUGGAGCCUGAGAGGAACAACCUGAUUCGUGGCUGUGUCUAGCUCCGCCUCUGUCAUGUACCCUGUCCCUUCAGCCCACAGCUGAUUCCUGUUGAUGACAUCACAUCCUGUCUUGCUUGUAGACGAGUCGGUCCACUUAGACCCA